AUGACUGGAGAAGCUGGUGCUAAUCGUACAUUUCGAUCUAUAUUUGGUGAGAAGAAAAUAAAGCAAACACACGAUCAAGUGCUUUAUCUAGAGUUAGAACAGAGUGAUAGUAGUGCGUCAGUGACAGCAGAUUCAAGUGCUGAAGUGGCGAUGAAUGAGGAGGAGGAGGAUGAAACGAUGUGGAAUGAUGAUAUGGUGCACGUAAGUGGUGGAGACGAGGAGGAGGAGGAGGGAAAGAAAGAGGACAAUAAUGAUUUUCUAGGACUUCAAUUUGCACGACGUAAAUCGAUGGUAGAGUGGGCAGAUGAUGAUGAUGAAGAGGAUACUUGGAAAGAAGCAUUACAAGAUCGUGUGAAUCAGCUAAAACUUGCAUUUCAACACAAUGAUGACUCAACAAGUGCUCAAUCGAAACGUCAAUGUGAAGACGAGACGGAUCGACUUCGACAAACCUGUCGCCAUAAAAUGCGUCGCACUUCGUCACAUGCGUGCAUCACUGGUGACAACGUUGUCACGUCGAAUCGUCCAAAUCGGCUUUGGAGCUGUCAGCGCAAAGUGGCUGGUGAAACAGCAGCAACGAUGCUGAGCCAAAAUCGACGUAUACGGUCAACCUCUAUAGAUUUCGUAGCCCGUAACAUUCAAUUAGUGGAGCACCAUCGGAAGCGCUCGGAAUCUUUAAGCGGCUCGGAAAGCAGGACAGAGCCGCCAAGUCAAUGUGUGUCACGGAAGAAUCCAUUGGACCAUAGUCGCAGCACCCUUAGCAAAAGUAGUAGUAGUUUCUGCGAUAUCAAGACAGUAUCGUCGACCUGUGCGACACCCUCGUUGUCAUCAAGCGCCGCCGUAUUACAUUUGAGCGACACAGAAGCCAUCCGCCGUUUUGUGCUUGAAGACGUUAAAACCAUGUCGAUGGAACGACUCGUGAGCGAUGCCCGGCGAUUACAUUUCUUAGAGGAUUUCUACCAAAGUCGGCAAGGACUACAUGUCAUGCCGUCCGUCGCGACCUCGAAUUCGAUGGUUCAACCGUCCCUCGCCUCUUCCUCUUCCUCUUCAACAAUGUCCACAUCCUGA